CGAGGGAGACAUUUUGUGGCAAUUCAUACGCAGUCGGAAAAGAAGGCGAAAGGAGACGAUAGCUUUUCCAGGUUGUUUUCCCAAACUAAGGGUGAGCAUCUAAUUCGGGGAAAAUACUACUGAGCGAUAUCUUGCUUCUCGAAAAUAACAAACCGGACGAAAGGCUUCGACGACCAAGCCUGAAGAAGUCGGCCCCGCGGCUUCGUGGUGUAUCGUGUGCGCCGAGGUGAAUUCAUGUUCAGCUCGGCUCCGCGAGCAAGCGACGCCCAUCGGCACUCGACGACCGCCAGACCGGCAUACUCGACGAGACAAAGACCGCUCGAUACCGGUACAAAGAGACCAGGCGACGACGACAUUUUCAACGUCGACUGUUCUCGGAGACGGAGGCUGUUUGAAGGCGAAAGACAGACGAAAAGGACGAAGAAGAGGGAGCUUUUCCUGGACAACUUGGUGGCAACAAAGAGGUGACACGCAAAGCUGAAGCAUCAUGGGAGGUGGAGGCGGAGAGCGGUGCAGUAACAUUCCGAGCCCCAACAACGAGCGCCCGAAGAAAAAGAACCAGCAGCUGGGCCGAAACAAGCAGAGGGGUCGCGACCAGACCGGCAACGUGACGACGGCGUCGGCCCACCACCAUCGCCGGGGCGGCGACAAAGGCGUCCUGGCGUACCAAUGCUCCCCGGAGGCGCGGCAAGCGGAGGCGGCGGCUUCCAUCGUCCGCCUGGCCGCCGCCUACGAGCGGGACUGGGAGGGGGCCGUGACCCACCUCAACACGCUGCUGAGCGCCCGGGGAAGCCCCAGCUACGCCGGGCCCAAAUUCAGCGAGCCGCCCUCGCCUAGCGUGCUGCCCAAACCGCCGAGCCACUGGGUGGCCUUUCCGAUGGGCGCCGGAGAAAGCCGGGAGAUGAUGACCUUCCAGCUCAAGAGCCUCUUAAAGGUGCAAGCCUGAGGGAGGUUUUAAAAGAAAAAAAGGCUGUAAUACUUUUUAAUGAGUUUUUAUUUAAAAAAAAAACAUUAGAUUUUACAGCCCUACUGCCUUCCCGGCAUCGACAAAACCUCCCUCUUAUUUCACGUCGGUUUUCCUUUUUAUUUUGGCUAUCAAAGCAGAUCGGGUGCACUUAUUUUUUUCCACACGUUACUUCAAUCCCGUCCACUUUUUUGGACAUACACAGCUGUUAUUCUUCUGUAACUGCCAAUGUGCAGUAGCGCAUUUUUAAAUGAACCCCCUCUUGUUUGGACAAAACUGCGAUUCUGCAGGGAAAUCAUGUGUACAUUGUUUUUUUUCAUAAGGUUUCUUAAGAAGUUAUCAUGGCGCACGGGCCUUAGGCGCUCGACUCCUGUGUACCUUCAUUUUUUAAAAAUUGCGCUGUGCGCAGAUGCACUACAGGAAGCGAGUCGCUCUAAGGUCCGGUGUUCACGCUGCCUCCCGGAAAUGUUAUUGUCCUCCAUUUUGGGAGGUGCUGUGCAAUUUAAGACCGGACACUUUGCGUGAAAAAGGCGGAGAAAUGUUUUCGUAGUGUGUCCAAGUGGUCUUGUUGUGCUUUGGUGGUGCCGUGCGUUCACCAAAGCUAAUGUUCCCGUUCCCCAGUCUCGUUUAUCGACUUAAACUCGCGCCGUCCCGACGCGCGGAAGAAAACCGUUCGGUUUUGUCGGCGGCGCGACUUUACGUCGAAAACGCGAGACUUCCUCGCCUUUUCUGUGACAAAUCGAGCUAAGCGUUCCGACGUUUUCAGCCCAUUUUUUGCACUGCACUUGCUUUAUAGUGUUAAGUUACAAGCCGCAUCAUUGUUGAAUCAACAGGCGCGUCAUCGACUAUCUUUUUUUUUGUUGCAGUUUUUUCCCCCGUGCAGAAUUGAAUCUGCUUCAUAGCCAGACUAAAGACGACAAAACCUCAUUUGAUUGUUUUUUUCAGGAGCCGUGUAAAUACUGAAAAUGGUAUGUAUAAAGUUCUUGUAGCAUAUUGUACAUUCGCAGGCCCCACGAUGGGCGGAGGCUUGCAGACGAAAGUAUUUUUAGUACUAAUGAUAACACUGAAUGUAUGAGAUGCGUCCCGUCUCGACUUCGAAGAUGCUGAAGAAUAUUUUUGAUAAGAAAACAAAAAGAAAAACGAGCGUUCGCCAGUACGAGAGCCCUGCACUGAAGUCUUUUCGGAGAUCUUGCACAUGUUUUUAUGAUUUUGUACGAUGCAGUGUAGGGUGAAGGAAGAGUUUACAAUUGGACUCGGGGACGUUUGCAGAUGUAAGACUUUAAUCUGGAUGGAUUUCAAUUUUUUUUGUUUUUUUGUUUUGGUCCCAAAUAUUUUUAGAAACUCCCUUCCCAAGCUGUUCUUCCGCCAACUAUUUAUAUCUUCUUAAACAAUUCUUCCAUCCAGAUCAGAGUCCAGCAAAGUCCCCUUAUGCUAAAUUAGAGCUUGUAAGAAUUGGAUUUUUAAUUAUGUCCCCACUUCUAAUGUCAUUGUAUGCAAAGAGAAGAAAAUGCCCUGUAUAAGAUUGGAAACGAUUGGUUCAAAAAAUAUUGAGAUAACAAUCAUUGAUUUGAAGUUGAAAAUUUUACAAACAAAAAACAAUAAAAUCCUGUCCCCUUCCCCCCAAA